AUGGCGUCGGAAUUCUCUCAAGAGCACCGGCAUAAGCGGCGCAGAAUAUCUACAGAAACCGCCGCUCCUAGCAAUGGCGGGGUCGAAAUAUCUUCUCAUAAGGAUUUGAACGAUCUGCUGUACUUCAGGCAGGAUGCCAAACUUGAUGCUCUUCGAGGCCUUAAUGCAUUUAAGGACUUUCUCUCCUCUAUCAGUCAAUCAAAUGUGGAAGAUGAGAAAGAGAAGAAAUUUCAAAUCCUGAAGUCAUUUUGCGACUCGCAGAUCUCAAGAGUCGAGGAUGGAGUAUGCCUGGCAGAUCUACUCCAGACCUGGAAUUUCGCAGAAAGCACUAAUCACGAGAAUAUUCUUGUGAUUGCGCCUUCAGUACUAGCCCAGCUUCUGAAGACCAUCUCCACUAGACUCGAGUUCAGAGAUUUCGGCGUUAGUCUGUGCAAGAGCUUACUGCAGAAGGACCAACUACGUUUAAUCAAUCGAAAUUUGACUGCCCCAAAGGCCAAGGAGCACCUGAUAUCGCCAUGCAUUCGUCUACUUACCGAGGUCGUCAGCUUUGAUGGCGGCGCAGUCUCUCGACUGGUCUAUUUGAACCGAGAGACUACCUUUAAACGAUUGGAACACUUCCUCACUCCUAGCAAGACCCAGCUCGAAUCAUCGGCAGAUUCUAGCAAGAAAUCCACUCUUCGGAGGAAUGCACAACGAUAUGUGUUGGCCAACAUACGGUUUUUGCAGGGCCCGGCAAAGAUUGACUUCAUUGAACAGCAUAAGGUCAUCAGAGCUUUCCUUGAGUUUAUUCGUCGCGAUCCUCGGGACCUUGUAACCGAUAUUAUCAAAGCAAUUGAUCGAGACAUUGCGCAUGAUACGUCUCUUCCUCGGGUCACAAAGUCACGAUUCUUCAACAAGUGGAACCUGGAGCGAUUGGUUACCCUCUACGGAUACGAUAAAGACAACGAAGACGUAGAGUCAGAGAUCUCCGUUCCGGCUGAGAUACACAAAAUUCUAUUGCAGAUCUGCAUAGUCCCCGAAAUGGGUGUUCUUCUCCCGCAGAAUGGCUGGUAUCCUCCUGGAGGUGACGCGAACUUUCCGCUGACUGAAGAUGAGGAGUACAUUGAUCUAGGACUGGAUGCCCCUUUGUAUCAGGACAAGUACAGGGAAAGCAUUCCAGUACGCAAUGGCACCUUGUCAGCUUUCACCCAGGUAUUGCGUCCGGAAUCUGAUACGUUGCAAAUGGAACUUUUGCUCGAAAUAUUCAAGGCUGCGCCGGAACUCGUUGCAGACUUCUUUACGAAACGAAUAAUGUUUACCGCAGAGCCCAAAGCGACAUCCACAUGGCUAGGAGAAUCCGCAUUUUUAUUUUCUACUGUUCAAAGUGCCGUUCCUGCCAGAUUUGGAUCGAGGGAAGAAAUAGCCACGCUGCCUCCCCCAGUUUCAAUCGUCAUUGAGAAUAUUUUACCGCGCCCUCUCAACUCUAAAAAUUUGACCAGAUGUCUAAAUCAAACUAGCGAUUCGAUUGUCACGCUAUUCGCCAUCCGAAUUCUCACGGCUACCUUCCGGAAAUUGCAAACUGUCUUAAAGGAAUUCAAUAGCGAUCAUGGCCGCUACCAGCCGUUUUGGGAACAAGCAGCAUCAAAGUUAGUCAUGGAGUUCGUCAACCGUUGUCCUUCGAUGAAGGAUAUUAUACUUACGUUCAAACGCACCGUGCCUGAAGAUAUUCAUCAGCAGGGAGCUGUCAUGGAAUUGCUAGCUGUGUUCCAUGAUGUGAUUCCGUCAAUCGCCGCUGAGGAAAACUUUGAUGUUACUCUCAUCAUGGUGAAGGUUCUUGAAUUAUUGGACGAUUCCAGUCUUUCAAAUGAGGAUUUGGAAGCAGCCAUUGGUCUUCUGCAGAAUACUUUACAUAUUGCACAUCGGUCAGCGUCUAUGCGUUGGUGGCAACAGCCAGCCUCGCUCCAGUUGUCUGCUUUUACUUCUAUCUUGAAAGUAGCGAUUGGGAGAGAUGACGCUAAACAAUUGUGUGAGCUGCUCGAAAGUGUGCUGGUGGAGCAAGGAAUCUUGUCAGCAUCGAAUGGCCCGUUUGAUGCUUUGAUUGCUAGCCUGAAAGACUCAGGACAACAGGAUUUGCUUCUACAGCUAUCGUUUUUAGACAAUUGCCUAUGUCGUAUCGCAAAAAAGCCUGUUCACUACGAAGACCUCGCUUCAUCGCUACUUAAUGACAGCGAAGCAGCUUUGAGUCUUUUGGUCGCCGGCAUUCUUGAACAAUGGCCAUUUGUUUUAAAAACCGACGACACGGAAAAAGAACAGGCUGUGGCGUCUUGGAUAGCGUCUCUACUAAAACUGUUGAAAUUGGCAGGAGAGGACAAGAAGGCACUCAAGAAUGUACGGGACAGCCUCUAUGAGCUCUCGCAGAGCAAGAAGACGAAGUCUAUUUUCAAGAAAUCGCUCAAGGGCAGUGAGAAGGACAAUGACAAGAGCCCAGAAACCGUUGAUCCUGACGGCCGAUCCAAAUCAAGUGCUCCCUCUAAACAUACUACUUCGGUUGGGCUAUUGGACGUGUUUGGCCCACUUCCCUCUGAAAGUAAAGACCAUGCGGGAUUGUAUAAAUGGGAAAAGGAAGAAAUAGAUAUUGCAAUUGAGCAAGGUCGAAUCAGCGAUCUCAUGCUGUGUCUGUGUUCCGAGCACGAAGAGAUUAGGCGUCAAGCAUUUGCGGCUGUCACACGUCUCAUGGCGAAACUGAAGGAAUCAAACUAUGCUGAAUGGAGAUCGGUCUAUCUUCUUCUCGGAGAGCUACGUGAGACCGUAAACCAGCUGGGCUUUGAGUCCAGUCUGCCAUUUGUUGUUGGACAGUGCAGCGUCAGCUGCUUAAUGGUCCUUAACGAUCCGCUCCACAAGAUGUAUGGAAAGGUUAACAGAUAUCUUCAGAGACGGCCGUCUUGGGAGGUAGACAAAAUUCCAUCAUAUUGGAUUGACCACAUCUUAUUGCAUCAGCCCGAAGACGACGAGGGACACCACGAAGAAGUGAAAUGGCUAUUGGACAUGCUUGUCAGGGGGCUGCAAAGUUCACAGGAUCUAGACAUCUAUCGCCGUGCAAAUGUGUUCGAGCAUAUUUUGUUGCUAUACAAGGCUCCGACAGUGAACGCAGCAAUGAAAAAGACAAUUCUGCACCUCGUUUUCAAUGCUACACAGAUUCACGGUGGUACAACUUUGAUAACGCGCGCCGGGGCUCUGAGCUGGAUUCAGAGUUGCGUAGCAGCUUCUUCUGACACGUACACGAUGGGUCUUUUAAGGGAGCUAGAGCAGGCUAUUUAUGAAUCGAGCGAUCGCGACAGAGUGGACAAGUGGAGCGGCCAUUGGGCAUCUGCAACUAUCAAGGAAGCAGUCAGCAUGUAG